GCGUUGUCAGCCACCGGAAUGGGGCUUGGAACUGCUGCUACCAUUGGCAGCUUAUCCACCAAUAUGGUGGAGUACUCAAAGAUGGCAUCAGUAGAAGCUGAAGUCAGGCGUUUGACAUCAGCUGACAUUGACCAAGGGAACGUGAACAUGGAAACUGGUCACGGCAAUUUUGCUAACAUGACUCAUUUGAGAAAUACUUUUAUAAGAGGUGUGGAGGGCAUUGCAAAUAACAUCCAGGCUAUCAAGUUGUCCAAAGGUUCUCCUCGCUUAGUAACCUCUGCCAAACGAUUCAUGACCACAGGAGUGAUCUCAGCUCGAGAAGGAAGGAAGGUGCAUAAAGCUUUUGGAGGCACUGUUCUGGCAAUGUCAAAAGGAACCCGGGUGUUGGGUGCAGUCAGUGCAGGCGCCUUCAUUUUUUUUGAUGCAUACAACCUCGUGCAGGAGUCAAAGCACUUGUAUGAGGGGGCAAAGACAGAGUCAGCUGAACAGUUGAGGCAUUGGGCCCAUGAGCUGGAGAUGAGGUUGGAGCAGCUCGAACAAAUCCAUUCGAGACUGCAACAGGAGUCACCCCUGGGAGGAGGCGCAGGGAGGAGGGCUGUGUGGUUUAAAAAGUUGUAGACUUACCUUUAAGAGAGACAAAAAAGUGGGAAACAAAGAUUUUGAAAUUGUAUGUUGAUUCUUUUUUCUACCAUUUACUCAUUCUUGUUUUAUCCAUUUGUCUCUGCUUUACCCCGGUAAAUAAUGUUGCAUGUAUGGUUAUCAGUUUUAGAUGUGGGCAAACGCUAGAAGAAGAAAGUUUUAGAUGUGUACAGCUUUGACUCCACCUCAUAAUUUAAUGUGUAGAAGGCACAGCAUUUAUCACUCCUGAAAUAAUGUCUAGUGGCUUUUCCUUGUCACUUUGAUUUCUACAUCAUCAAUAAUAAUUUAAUAGUGUGUUAAUGUGUAAGAAGUUGGGUUUUUAAAACUUGAAACUCUAGGGGCCCGAAGGUGGCACACUUGGUUAAAUGCUCAGAUUACAGUGCACAAGGACCCAGAUUCAAACCCCCUGCUCCCCACCCUUUGGGGGAAGCUUCAUGAGUGGUGAAGCACUGCUGCAGGUGUCUCUCUCCCUCUCUAUUUUCCCCUCCCCUCUCAAUUUUUUUGUCUCUUUCCAAUAAUAAAUAAAUAUUUUUUUUAAAA